GAUAAAAUAACCUCAAUAGACUUGUUCGUUGCAUGUUUCCACCUCACUUCGCUGCAUCCUGCGUUGACCUGCGGGGUGAUCACCAACGGGCCGAGGUUGAAGGAAUCCACAUGCGAGCCUAUAUUAUAAUCUUCCGCCUAUAUUCACAAUAGCUAGACCUGGAUAGCCCUGCGAUCAACCUUCCCUGACAAUGGCAGCCAAGUCCUUCAAGACAAUCAUCUACCAAAAGUCCCCGGACGGGAAGAUCGCAUAUAUAACCCUGAACCGUCCGGACCGCUUCAAUGCGAUUGACGCGCACCUGCCAAGAGAUCUCCGGGAUGCGGUCCAACUAGCCAAUGCAGACCCUACGGUACACUGCAUCAUCCUGAAAGGAAACGGGCCCGGAUUCUGCGGCGGCUAUGAUCUGGAUAUCUACGCGCAGAACGCGCAGCGCGGCGAAAUGCAUGGAUCACAGGAUCUGUCGAAGGGAUACGACCCAUUAGUCGACUACACGAUGAUGAAGGCGAACACCGAGUGUUUCUCGGAACUGUUCCACAGCCACAAGCCGACCAUCGCACAGGUGCAUGGUGCCGCUGUGGCGGGCGGGAGUGAUAUCGCCCUGUGCUGUGACUUGGUCAUCAUGGCGACGGAUGCGCGCAUCGGGUAUCCGCCGAGUCGCGUCUGGGGUUGUCCGACGACUGCCAUGUGGGCGUACCGCGUCGGGGUCGAGAAGGCUAAGCGGAUGCUCUUCACUGGUGACUUGAUCAGCGGCGCUGAAGCGGCGGAGAUGGGCCUUGUCUUGAAAGCCGUGCCUCAGGAGCAGUUGGAGGAAACCGUAAUGUUGCUGGCAAACCGCAUUGCGUCGGUCCCGCAAAAUCAGCUCUGGAUGCAAAAGCAGGUUAUUAAUGGUCUUAUCGAUGGCCCUCUUCUUCAAAGCCAGAAAUUGGCUACGGUCUUCGAUGGCAUCACCCGCAACUCCCCGGAAGGUGUUGCAUUUCAGGAACUGAGCAAGGAGAAAGGAUUCAAGGCUGCCGUGAAGGAACGCGAUGGCCCGGGGAGGUCGGAGAGGUAUCGGAAGGUGUGGAAGAGUGUUCUAUAGAGAGCUUGAUGGGUAUAGGGUAUUAUCUUGGAAC